AUGCCAAAAUCUAAGACCGACCGUUCAGGAAAGGUGAAAGUGGCCCCAUUCCCAUCUCCUUCUAUCGAGCGAGUCGACGUAAGUCAGGAACCAGUCUCCCAGCUGAAGCCCCAGGACGGUCCGCCUACUUCAGUGGUGGCAGCGCAACGACCGUGCCCACAACCCCUGCACAUGUCUGGCAACAAAAUAAACACAACGCGCACCGUCGAUAUACCACCCUACGAUGGUACCGAGUCUUUUACGGUGUGGCUCAGACGCGCGAAGUUCUAUUUGCGGGAGAUCUCAGAGGCCGACAGGCCCUGGACACUACUCAAGGCCCUCGCGCCUAGACAGCUAGACAAAGCGCUCGACGCUGGUAUUAACGCCGAUCUUCCCUUUGACGCGCUGUGCCAACGCCUGGCUAACUUGUUCAGCCAAACAUACUCCUUUGGCGACGCGAUGGAACAGUUACAGCAACGGCGAUUGAAACAGGACGAAGCCCUGAACCAGCUGGUGGAAGAUCUGGAACGCCUGACAACUGUCGCAUUUCCCUCUUUGGGCUCCGCCGAUAAAGACAAUACAGUACUUUAUCAUUUUAUUAAAGCGCUGCCGUCAUUCGACCUUUCACGCUCACUGUUGUUGUAGCCGUGCUCCAAGCGUUGCGCGAAACGGGCCUUACGCUUAACCCACAGAAGUGUCAAUGCCUUCGAGAGAAGGUUAAUUACCUAGGACACGAAGACAGCCCGUCGGGUAUCAAAGUCUCAGCCGAAAAGGCGGGAGCUAUUCUCACUUGGCCGACGCCAAACUCCACCACGGAUGUCAGAAGUUUUAUCGGGUUGGCGUCCUAUUACAGACGGUUUAUUCGUGAUUUUGCAGGUAUUGCGCGUCCGUUACACCGCCUUACAGAAAAGGGGCGCGAAUUUCGUUGGACGGACGAAUGCCAGGCCGCGUUUGACGAGCUGAGAACCCGCCUGUCGAGAGCACCGAUACUUAUGCUCCCCAAUACCACCGAGACGGCGCCACCCUUCGUACUUGACACGGACGCCAGUGCCUUCGCCAUGGGAGGUGUCCGUUCGCAAACCAACGAUAACGGCCUAGAACGCGUUAUCUGUUUAGCUAGCAAAACGCUCACCAAGCCACAACGAAAUUACUGCACAUAUCGACGCGAACUAUUGGCCAUAGUCACCUUCGUUAAACAAUUUCGGCCAUAUCUGCUAGGUAAGCCGUUCGUCAUACGCUCCGAUCAUAAGGCUCUGCAAUGGCUACAAAACACGAAGGACGCAGAGGGUCAACUUGCUCGCUGGCAGGAAAUGUUACAGGAAUAUCAUUUCACUUGUACAUACCGCCCCGGGAAACAGCACGGCAACGCCGACGCCUUGUCCCGACGGCCGACAACGCCAGCCACACACGACGAAGACCUCGCGAUAGGCGAACUCAACGCCAUUUACGCCAGCAAACCCGCUAGACACCAUUUGGCAAUAGCCCAGAGCACAGACCUUGAUACCGCAGUAGUUUACGAUCACCUGUUAAACCGGCGACACCGUCCUACAGACGAUGAAUUGCGUGGGUCGUCAGAAGAAGCACAUAUACUGCGGAGCCAAUGGCCACGGCUGCAUAUCGACGAAGAUAUCCUUCUCAUUAAGGACGAGAACACAAAAACCGACAGAAUAGUAGUACCAGGCAGCCUCGUACACGUGGUCCUCACGGAUCUACACAACGAGUUAGGCCACGUCGGGCAAGCCAAGACAGAAGCCGCCACUCGGCAACGAUUUUGGUGGCCCCAUCUACGAGAACACAUCGCCACCUUCUGCAAUACAUGCAUGACGUGCGCUAAGUUCAAGGCACCUAGACAACUCCCACGUGCACCGUUGCAACCCAUGCACACUAGCUUUCCGUUCCAGCGGCUGGGCCUGGACAUCAUCGGCCCCCUCCCCUUUACGACAACCGGCCAUCGGUUCAUACUGGUGAUGGUGGAUUAGUUCACCAAAUGGGCAGAGGCUGUGCUGCUAUUACGACAAGACGCAGUGUCGCUCACCAAUGCAAUCUGCAACAACUGGAUUUGCCGGUUCGGUGUUCCGUUGUCAAUACAUUCCGACUGUGGGGCUAACUUCGACAGCAAAUUGCUGCAAGAGGUCUGUGACCUCCUUGAUAUCUACAAGACCCGCACCACUCCAGCACAUCCCGAAGGCAACGGAUUGGUGGAACGAACCAACCGUACACUGAAUCAACUGUUGAAGGCGUUCGCAGAAGACCAUCAUCCCCACGACUGGGAUAAACGCCUACCGUGUGCCAUGAUGGCGUACCGUGCUAACACACACACGUCAACUGGCUACCCACCUUUCUUUAUGCUAACAGGACGUCAAUUUCGCCUUCCCGCAGAUUCACGGUUUCCACAACCCGCCGCAAACGAAUACGCACCAGAUAGCUACGUAUGGCAGCUGCAGGAUUUGCUACGCUCCACCUACACCCUCGCACGUAACCACCUAGCAGCGGACGCCGAACGACAGAAAACAUACUUUGACCGUCAGGCCCACGGCAUCACCUACCAGCUAGGCGAUGUGGUUUGGCGUUUCCGAUCAGUACCGCCCUUAGGGACAGCGGCCAAGUUCUUUCACCCGUGGGAUGGACCAUUCGUUGUUGUCGACGUCAUGCACCCCACCACGUAUGUAUUGCGUGAUGCUUCACGCCCCGAUGGACCCAUCUUCACCACCCAUUUCGACAAGCUAAAACCUUACAGAGGACGGCUACCCACCGCCACCGCGGACGUAACCCCCAUCAUUCCCCCACAUUUAGUCCCCACCCCAGUGGUUGAAGAAACAGUGGACAUGACCCAACCAGACAGCCCUGCGGGCAGGGCUCCAUCUGAGGAAGGAGGUAUGUAAGAACCAGAAAGGCAAGUUUGUUUAAAAGAGUGAGAAAAACAGGCGAGCGGGAAAAAAGGAGGCGGGAGGUUUCGUGCCGUGGUUUGAGUGCGUCUUCUCUCUGAUAUUGCAGGUGAGGACAUCGAACGUGAGCAAGGAAACGCCCAAAAUCCCGUGGAUAUCGUACCUCCGGAACCACCUCCCUGA